GCCCAAGUAAGUAUAUAUUUAUUCACACAGCUAUAUAGUUCUAUAAAACAGUACUCACCGACGACCCUAAAUACAACAAGCACGUGAGCAAAUUUGGAAUACAACGAGCGCGUUUGUGACAAAAUGGCGAGAAACGAAGAGAAGGCACAAUCUACGCUGUCUCGUUUCAGAGCGGCAGUCAAUAGCAUAGCCAACGGACCGGCUGUCACACGACCAUAUCUCGCAACAGAAUGUCACGAUGGCACAGAGUGCGAGAAGUGGCGGAGGCAAAUUCUUAAAGAGAUCAGCAAAAAAGUGUCCCAGAUACAAAACUCUGCUUUGGGCGAGUUUCGCAUACGUGACUUGAACGAUGAGAUUAAUCGUUUACUACGAGAGAAAGGCCACUGGCAAGACCGAAUUGUAGAACUUGGGGGUCCAAACUACUGGAAAAUUGGUAUGUUUCUAAAGUAG